GCACGAGUCUAUUGCGCAGUAAUUGUUCAGAGCGAUGGCAGAGCUUACCAAGUCUAUCGAGUUACAGCCCAUCACAUCUCAGCCACCGAACCAAGAUCUCGAUGAUUUCUCCCAGCAUGUCUCCCCUGGUUAUCCAGAACUACCAACUACCGUCCCCAGACAAGUGACAGACUAUCUGCCACUGUCUCUGUGUACCAUGAUGUACUGCUUCUUUCCAAUAGGGCUAAUUGCUCUCCUGUACUCAAUGAGGGUUCGCGAGGCCAAUUUGCUUGGUGACCAUACUCGAGCGCAGCGAGCAUCUCGUAUUGCCUGUGUACUGAACAUCUUGGCAGUUAUUUUCGCUGGGAUCACUCUUGUAGCUAUUUCGAUUUCAAUAAUGGCUUGCAUCAGUGAAUAUUCGAGUUGUUGAAUGGAAUUGAAAGCUGCAUUCUCGUUGAGAUUAUGUAAUUUGCUGUCUAGUUUAGAGUAUAGCUAACAAAAUCUGAUAUAUAUAAGUUUUGCAGGUAUAUCUGAUUUUUAGCAGUCACUUUACUGUAUACAUAUCAUAAAUCCUAAAUCUUAAAUCCUAAAUAUUAUGAGCUGCCUCUCAGAGGACACUCCUCAGCUGCUAAGCUGGGCCCAGUGAGCUCCUAGGAAAACUGUGGGUCUGUGCUAGCAAACUCCUUGAGCAGGGCCAAUCACUCGCAGAAUCGAUAUCACUGAAUUGUGAAGCCAACUGUGGUGUGAGCACCCAAAGUCUUACUAGGAUUCCGGUGGCUAGUCGACCCCUGUGUUGAGAGAAGCAAAUGUGUGUUAGCUUUUUGAACUUGCGGCCUUUCAAGGUCCCGGAUUUGGGCACUCCAUAAGAUAACUCUAACCAACUGAGCUAUUGCACCACACCUAGUAAUCAGCUUACCAAUUAAAUAGUACAGUUUGUGAAAUAUUGCGGUAUCACUUAGUUGCAAGCUCUUGUUCUCCCUUCAUACAACAAAAUAGCGUUUACUCUCAGGGCCUGGUGUCAGUCUUGUGUGUGUGUGUGUGUGUGUGUGUGUGUGUGUGUGUGUGUGUGUGUGUGUGUGUGUGCAUGUGUGCGUGCGUGUGCGUGCGUGAGUGUGUGCGUGUGUGUG